CUACCUCAUCUUUCAUCCAAUAACACAUAUUCAAACUACUACUGCUACAUAGUUUCUUUCAAUAUUUCUUGAAGCAUAUUGUAAUUGCUUUACUUCCACUUUGUAUACUUCAAACCAAGAUAUGAUGAGGGACGCAGAAUUUGAGCGUGUUCUGAGCUAUUUCGAUGAGGACGGUGACGGCAAGAUUUCUCCGUCCGAGCUGAGGAGGCGGCUGGCGAUGAUGGGUGGAGAGCUGCGGUUGAAGGAGGCGGAGAUGGCUAUUGAGGCGUUGGAUUCGGACGGCGACGGGUUCCUGUGUUUGGAGGAUUUGGUGAAGCUGAUGGAAUCAGCAGGUGAGGAAGAGAAGUUGAAGGAUUUGAGGGAGGCUUUUGAGAUGUAUGACACGGAGAGGUGCGGGUUUAUAACGCCGGAGAGUUUGAAGAGGAUGUUGAAGAAGCUGGGGGAUUUGAAGUCUAUUGAAGAGUGUAAAGUGAUGAUUGAUCGGUUUGAUUUGAAUGGGGAUGGUGUGCUUAGCUUUGAAGAGUUCAGAGUUAUGAUGCAGUGAUUGAUGAUAUAUGCUACCUGCUGUAUAUUGAUUGAUUGAUUGAUUGGAUUUUCUGGUGGUGGUGUGCUAUCAGAGAUUAAUUGAUUCUUUUGUAUAGAAUGAUUUCAUUCUUUGUAAUUAAUUGAUAUGGAUCGGUGAUUGAUUAUUUGAUUUGUA